AUGGCGCUAGUGAAGCAGAACGGUGGUCUGGAUGUCACCAACCAUCCUCAAUUCAAAAAGCUCCAGAGAACACUCGUGAACUACGAGAACAGAAUCUCCAACCUUGAAGCAGAACUGUACGAUGACUCGGACGAAGAUGAUGACGACGAUGACUACUGCGACAGAUGUGAUAGCCUGGUCCAGGAAAAACUACACCUGGAAUCAUGUCUGAGCAAACGCCGGCAGACCAUCGAGGCCGAGCAACAGAAGAAUGCCUCACUUACCGCAAGUCUAGCGAUUGCCCAGCAAAGCCUUGCAUGCUGCCAGCAAGAAAAAGCAGCGCUCGAACAUGUAUCCGCAUCUCACAAGGCUACGGCGGCCCAGUGGAAGAAUCAAUACAACCAAAAAUUGAAAUAUCUCGAAGACAAGAUCACUGAGUUGAGAACGGAGCGGGAAGCCUUCAAGACCAAGCUGAAUGCGGAGUUGAAGACAUCAGAGGCAAAGAACACAGAACUGAAAGCCCGUGAAGUCGAGAUCGCCGGGUUGAAGUGUGAGCGGGAUGUCUUAGAGGAGAACAUCGGGAUCCAGAAUCAGCGAGACCUUCUUCUUUCUGAGAAUGCCGCGCUGCAAGUCGAGCGAAGCGCUGCCCAAUCUGAAACCACCAGCGAGACAAUCACGGAAAACAUGAUCUCGAUCGACCUUUUUGAGCUGGAAAAUAAAUGGGUCGAGAUUCCAGGUGACCAAAUGGACAACGAAUAUAUGGAACAACAGUGGAAUCUGCCAUCAUUGAUUCCGCUUAUGUUGACGUCUUUCGUUCCCCAGAAAAGUUUACAACUAUAA